GCUUUGGGAAGAAUCCGAGUCCCUGCCUGUGAGUGAUUAGCAGCAGCCAGGCGCAGAGCACAGUCAACCGAAACUUCUAGGCAUCCCCUCUGCCCCCGCCGAGGCCAGGAGGCAUCCGAUGCUGAGUGACUGAUCGCGGGGGAUUCGGGACAUUGCCGGGAGCAUUGCCGGGACUUGGAAUUAGCGGAGAUGGGAGUGGGGUCCGGCCCCCUGCGGCCACGGCUGGAGGGUGUCCACGCAUCGCGGUGACACGGACGGACGGACGGGCCAGUGCAGCAUCCGGGGGUGCAGGGCCGGGGCCAGGAAGCUUCCUGGAACCCCAGCCCCGCGGCCACUGCACCCUGACACCAGCCAGAUAAGCAUUAUCGGAGCGGCCAGAGCCCGGGGACGUCGGACACAGGGGGGCCACCCAGUGCAUUCCCAGGACAAGGAGGACCCGUGGAAGCCAGCGGCUGCAGGGUGCUCCCCCAGCCCGCUGCUGGUGGCUGAGGCUGACUCACAGAGAAAGCCAGGCAGCUGAGGACAGUGAACUCAGACUCCAUGGUGACACAAUGUCUGUGCGGGUUCGCUUCCUGUCCUCUGGGGACCCCGGGGCUGUGGCGGCUGUGGGCCGCAGUGCCUCCUUCGCAGGCUUCAGCAAUGCGCAGAGCAGGAGGAUCUCAAAAUCCAUCAACAGAAACUCUGUGCGGUCUCGGCUGCCAGCCAAGUCCCCCAGGGCCUACAGCACACUGCGCAAGGGCUCGCUCUGCCUGGACCCCAGGCCACAGCAGGUGAAGAAGAUCUUCGAAGCACUGAAGAGAGGCCUCAGGGAGUACUUGUGUGAGCAGCAGGCCGAGCUGGACUACCUGUGUGGACGCCAUGUGGAUGCCCGGCGGAGCUCGAGGCUGGCUUUCUACUAUGACUUGGACAAGCAAACUCGCUUGGUGGAGAGGCACAUUCGGAAGAUGGAGUUCCACAUCAGCAAAGUGGAUGAGCUCUACGAAGGCUACUGCAUCCAGUGGCGCCUUCGUGAUGGUGCCUCCAAUAUGCAGCGUGCCUUUGGCAGUGGUCCACAGAGCCGUGCCUCCCGAGAGAGCCUGCAGGAGCUGGGCCGCAGCCUGCACGAGUGCACAGAGGAUAUGUGUCUCAUCGAAGGAGCCCUGGAAGUUCAUCUGGGCGAAUUCCACAUCAAGAUGAAAGGCUUAGUGGGCUAUGCACGCCUCUGUCCAGGAGACCAGUAUGAGGUGGUCCUGCGCCUGGGUCGUCAGCGGUGGAGGCUGAAGGGUCGGAUUGAGCCGGAUGACAGCCAGACCUGGGAUGAAGAGGAGAAGGCCUUUGUGCCCACACUGCACGAGAAUCUCGAGAUCAAGGUGACCGAGCUUCGGGGCCUGAGCUCAAUGGUGGUGGGCUCUGUGAUGUGUGAUGUCAUCGACUUCUUCACAGCUCGGCCACAGGUCGUGGUGGUGGAUGUCACAGAGCUGGGCACCAUCAAACUGCAGCUGGAGGUGCUAUGGAACCCCUUGGACUCUGAGAGCCUGCUGCUGUCGCCCAGCCCUGUGAGCAGGUUCUCUGUGGGCAGCAGGAAGGGCUCCCUGUAUACCUGGACGCCACCGAGUACCCCCACCUUCCGGGACAGAUACUACCUGUCUGUCCUGCAGCAGCCGGUACAGCACACUUUGCUACUGGGCCGGCCAAGGGCCACCUCCAUCCUCAGCUACCUGACCAACAGUGAGCUGCAGGGCCCCAGCCUGCGGAGCCGAAGCCAGGAGCUGCUGGAGAUGGACUCCUUUAGCUCUGAGGACCCUCGAGACACUGAGACCAGCACAUCUGCUUCCACCUCAGAUGUGGGGUUCCUGCCUAUGCCUGCUGGCCCCACAGCCUGCAUAGAAGAGGAGACCCAGGAGGGGCCCCUGCCCCUGGGCCUGCUGCCAGGCCUGGCUCACCCUGCAGGGGGCACGCUUGUGGAGCAGCCUGGCUGGAGAGACUUGGGAGGAGAGAGCCCGGCCCCCCUGCUGGUCACCCCAGUCCACAGCUGUGUGGUGCCAACAAGCCGGAAGGGCCAGGAGGAAGGAGAUGUGGGGGACGGAGUGGAGGGCCCCCUGCAGGAGGUGCUGGAGUUGCUGAGGUCUGCAAGCCCCAUGCAACCCCAGCUCCGGGAGCUGGAAUACCAGGUCCUCAGCCUCAGGGACCGGCUGAAGUCCCGUGGGGCACAGCGGGAGCCCGUGUCUGCACAGAGCCUGAUGGACUGCAUCCUGGAGAGCUUCGCCUUCCUGAAUGCCGACCUUGCCAGCGAUGAAUUGUCCCUGUUUGAGGGCUCCCAGGCUACUGGGAAGGACAGUCCCCCACCCCCUCAGCCAUCACUGAAGGUGUCACCCAAUGAACUCACAGCUGGUUCCCCCGAGCUGGACUUGCUGCUUACAGUCCACCUCAAAGUCUGCAAGGCCUUGCUACAGAAACUGGCCUCCCCUAAUUUGUCGAGGAUAGUUGAGGAUUACCUCCUGGAGGAAGCAGUGCAGCAAAAACAGAUCCUAGAGGUGCUGUCUGACCUUGACUUUGAGAAGGUCAGCAAGGCCACAGCCGUUGAUGAGAUCAUUCCCCAGGCUUCUCGAAGGAAGGGCGGGCUGGCACUGUGGAAAAGCUGUACACAGCCUGGUGGAGUCCUGGCCUGCCCCGCCAGCACUCUCCUGAGCCAGCUCAAGAAGAUGUUCCUGCAUCGAGUCCGAGGGAAGUACCCGGGCCAGCUGGAAAUAGUGUGUCGCAGGUUUCUGGAGCAGGUGGUCAGCUGUGGUGGGCUGCUGCCCACAGCUGGGUUCCCAGAAGAGCAGACGGUCACCUGGUUCCAGUUCCACAGGUACCUGCAACAGCAGAGCGUCACCGACCUGGAGAAGCACCUGGCCCAGCUCACCAAGGAAGUUACACUAAUUGAGGAGUUGCACUGUACAGGCCCAGCCAAGGCUGUGAAGAAGCUUCGGGGGAAGCGUUUGGGCCAGCUCCAGCCCCUGCCCCAGACACUGCAAGCCUGGGCACUGCUGCAGCUGGAUGGGCCUCCCAGGUUGUGCAGGGCGGCCAGUGCACGCCUGGCCAAUGCGGCCAGGGAUAGAUACUUCCGGGAGAAGGCUCUGCUGUUCUACACCAAUGCCUUGAAUGACAGCGAUGCCAAACUCCAGCGGGCGGCAUGCAUGGCGCUGCAGCAGCUCAGGGGGAUCGAGAGCAUUGAGCAGAUUGCCAGCCUGUGCCAAUCUGACCUGGAAGUUGUGCGGGCAACAGCGCGGGAAGCCACACUGUCAUUCGGUGAGAAAGGACGCCUAGCUAUCGAGAAGAUGGGCAAACUUCAUUCAGAACAAAGAGAAGUCUUCCUUCAGGAGGCAGAUGUUGAGAUCACGAUAUUUUAAAAAGCUGCUGCUGCUGAGCUCCAAUCUGGCAUUUCUCUUCUGUGCUGUGCAGCUGCAUGGUGCCCAAGCUUUGGUGGGGGAACACCUGCUGCUCCCUCACCAGUGUGAGCUGGCCAGGCAGCUCCCUGAGGCUUGAGUUACUGACUCUGCCCAGGGGCACAGUGGCAGAUUCCCAGAGCAGGAAGAAAUAGUGUGUGGUUCCCUGGAGACUAUGUGGCCUCCAAGUGCUGUUUUGCCUAGCUGGCCGUCCCUGGGCACAGAGCCAGGGAAGCUGGUGCUGUCCAUGCAGUAAGGGGCCCAGGCCAGGCAGCUGAGGCCAUGUAUACAGGAUUCAAGAUAGUGUAUAAAAUGUGAGCUCCCCCUCCCCCCACUCUGUACAGAGGGGCAGAGCUCCUGGUCCACUAACAGGCUGAUAGCUGACUGGCAGGCCAGCUAGCUGCUACCUUGCUGAGCCAGGGAAGGUGGGAGGCCUGAAGCCAGGGUUUCUACAACCCUGAUUCUUAGGCCCAACUGUGGCUCAAGCACCUGCUUGGCCUCACAGUAGCAAGCCAAGGGCCUUCCAUUCUGAGUUCAAAAGCAGGAAAGAAAAGCAGCUGAGGAGUCCGGAGCCUCCCAGGCAGGAACACCACUUGCUCUGGCCCUGGAAAUCGAAUGGGAUCCAAUUUGUGAUGCAUGGCAACCUCAGGCAGUUAAAUGAGCUGCUCCAGAAGCUGGUGUGAAGGAUUUCACUGAGGCUGCUGGGGGCAAACACAAUGAGCUUCCUGUUUAAAUGCAUUAAAAUCAAACCCCAAACCAACAAGGCCCAGCGUCCUGAGUCCCCUGUGAUUUGAGGGCUCUGGAUGUCAGUGGCAGACCCUCCCUUUAGAAUUCCUGAGGAUGGUAUGUGCUGUGCUUUUACUUGGUAUUUAUUUGCCUUAUUCGUAUGUCCAUUUCCUGAAAUCUCAAUUAAAAAACUCUUAAUGCA